AUGGCCGGCGAUGAAGUGGUCUUCGAGGCCUCCGGCGAUAAUUACUUGUACAAUCUCCAGGCCGGCAUCUUGUUGGAACUUCCCACCCAGACAUUUCAGCAUCUUGCUAUUCACCCUCAUUCAUUGCGGGGUCCCAAGUUCCAUCUCACUGAUCGAAAACGUAUGGACUUGCUUCCGCUUGAGGGUGUGCCAAGGGGGAGACGCAUAUCACCUAUCAGUGACGGUAUCUAUUUUGCAUACGUGCGGACUGGUAAAGAUUACAUGUUUGGCGAUGUUGAGGAGACAUUCGGAGAGGGCGUGUGGAUUGGAAAGAUUCAGUUGCCCUCAGCAUCCGCAACUGAUCUUCAACGAAUUCCGGAUAUCGAUGUUGGACCUGAGACAACCCUUGAUAUCCGUACUCUGAACGGUCAGCAUCUACUACUCAUUAACCAGCCGGAUUUCGUAACCGAAUAUGACAUCAAAACGGGCCAAUUCGAGAGGACAGCUUCAGGCAAAGCGUCGGUGGAGAUGCGAACCAAUGUCAAAGGCCAUGAUUAUGUCGUAUUCCGCGACUUCCAGCAUAUUUGGCUCUCAGAGGGGUCGAAAAAGAUGCUACCUGCUCUAUGGAGCAAGCCGAGUGAUCUUCAAACACCAGAAAACUUGAUUAGGCUUUCUCAAGUGGGUGGUCACGAUGUCAACCUCAGCGGAGACGGUAAGCUGGUGAUGUGGUUUCUUGGCCCUACCCUCCACUAUGCUCGUGUUAAGGACAUCCUGGCAGCAUGUCAUGAAGCCCCCCUUGCGCUCCGAGACACGGGACACUGUGCUGAAUCAGUUAUUCACACGAGCACUUUGAACGUUACGUACGAAAGCGCACUGAGCUACCAGACUCGGUUUGCUACCGACAAACCAUUCACAAUUGUAAAUGCUACUCUCGUCAGCAUGGACGACCAACAAGAGCAAUUGAUUAAGAAUGCUACAAUUGUGGUCCAUAGGGGCGAGAUUAAGGCUUCAGGGCCAGGUAUACUUGUCGAUAUGCCCGCAGAUGCGGAGGUUUUGAACGUUCAAGGAGGCGUUGUACUUCCUGGUUUUGUUGAUGUCCAUGGCCACUGGGCGGCUUCAUCUCACCUUACCCAUUGCAAUCUUGGGAGAUGGAAACGUUUCUUGGCUACGGCGAAUGUGGCCGGGCAUGUAGAACGUAACCUCAUCGAGAAAGGGCGCAUGUACGGCCCACGGGUGUUUCACACCGGCGAUGUUCUCUACGGCUCAGUUCAGCCUCCAGUCUACACGGAAAUCAAUUCAUUACAAGACGCCCGAGACGCAUUAUUACGGGUCAAGAAAGAAGGCGGAGAAGAUUCGUUUUCUGUCAAGAAUUACCAAUUGUCAGCCCGGUCUGCCCGGCAAAGGUUGCUUUUGGAGGCCAGCAAGCUGGACAUGCUGGUCGUUCUAGAGGGCGGGUGGUCAUAUGAUUGGGGCCUAACAUAUUUCAUUGACGGAUACACAUCUCAGGAGCAUCCGUUACCCGUUCCCGAACUAUACGAUGAUGUUCUCUCACUUGUGGAGGCAAGUGGAAGCUCGUAUAUGCCGCUUGCGGUGAUGAACUACGGAGGUAUAUUUGGCCAGCAUUGGGUACACCAGACUUUCAAUAUUCCUGAGGACCCAAAGCUCAGACGGUACGUCAAGCACGAUAUCCUGGAGAGCUUGACGGAGGUGAAUCAAGCGCCGAAUAAUUCCUAUCUCUUCUUCAACACUACCAUAUCUACGGCAAAACUAGCAAAACGAGGCGUACGAACCAACGUAGGCGCCCACGGAGAGCAGCCGAUUGGAUAUUUGUACCACUCCGAGAUGCUGAUGAUGGCUAUGGGCGGACAGAGGCCGUACGAGGCCUUGAGACACGCCACAAUUGGAGGGGCUACUUCAUUAGGACUGAACGCGUCUGUGGGAUCGAUCAAGGCUGGGAAGCUAGCCGACCUAGUCAUCUACCCUCCUUCAGUUGAUAGUGUCGAAAAGGCAUGGGAAAGCAGCAUGCAUAUGGAGUACGUGAUGCGAGGAGGCACUUUGUUUUCUGUGGAGGAUGGAUUGGUUGAAAUGUGGCCUCGGCGAGGGAGACGGCAAGAACGGCCCUAUAUGAACCCUUAG